CCAAAUCGAAAAAUUGUGGGGAAAAAAAAAAAAAAAAAGGAAAAGAGGAAUCAUUGGAACUGAUUUUGUGUUGUUCAUCAACCUUCUUCAUUUUGCUCGUUUGAAUUUCAGUUUAAUUCCGGCGUUUCGAUUGAUUUGAGCGAUGGAAAAUGGUGAUUCGACGCCGUUUUAUGUGAGUUGGCAAGAGGCGGUGGUGUCGGACGAGAAGGGGCGGCGGGCGGUCCACUAUUACCUCAAGCGCAGCGGCGGCGGCAGAGAUCUGGUGGUUGUGGGGAAGGUGAAGAGCUCGAAGCAUACGUCGUAUCGUAUCGCUGUCAAAGGUGAAGAAUUAUUGCGCUUGUUUUCCAGCCGCUUCUGGGUGAAGCCGAGGUCCAGAAGAGAGGUCAUCGAUUGGCUUAAUUCGUGUCUUUCAGCCUGCAAGACUGACAAUCAUAUGGGCUGCAGGAAUGUUGUAUCAUUUCUAAGAGCUGCUUUGGAGCUCCGGAAAAUCCCAUUCAUACUAGCUGUACCAUCUAAUGGUUCUCCUGGACAGGUUGGGGAUGAGAUGGACGGCAAGUUGGGUACUAACGUUAUUAAGACAGAUGAGCAUAGGAAAGGUAUUAAAUGGUUAGGUUCACAAUGGACAUGCCGAAAAAGAAGGAGACAUUAUCAGUCAUUCUGCCGUAAUGGUGCUGUAAUAUCUGCACAUGACUUUGUUUAUGUAUUGGCUGAAGAAGGCAAACGGCUUGUUGCUUACUUAGAUGAUUUGUAUGAAGACAUCAGAGGCAAUAAAAUGGUUGUGGUACGAUGGUUUCACAAACUUGAUGAGGUUGGUUUUAUUUUGCCUCAUAAUUAUAAUGACAGAGAGAUUUUCUUUUCUCUUUGUCUUCAAGAUCUCAGUAUUGAGUGCAUAGAUGGACUGGCAACUGUCCUCAGUCCCGAGCAUUUUGAGAAAUUCUAUGAUGAAGCAACAAGUAUGGGGUUGAUUCCUUUUAUGUGCUGCAAACAGUUUGAUAAUGAUGAUGCCUAUCCUUUUGAUAUUACGCGAAUUAAGGGUUAUUGGAAUCAGGAAAUAUUCAGGAAGAAAUUUUCAUCAGUUGUAGCUUCUGAAGAGCACCAGAAGUCAAAAAGUUCUGAUGAAGCUAUUUGGGUUAGACCCCACAAAAAAAUUCGUUGGUCGAAAGAAUGUGAUUUCAAAUCACACCAUAAAAAAACUUACUCCGAAAAUUCUUUACAAGCUUGCCGUGGCAGUUUCUCUCAAUCUAAAGGAGGUUUCAAAUUUGGCAGCCUUAAAGAUUCCCCUGAGGAAUCACCACCCAUCCAGGAUAAUGUACCUAAACCUCUACAACCCGAACCCGUACAACCGGUACCAUAUUUAUGUAUUGGCUCCCAAAUCGAAGUUUUAUCACAAGAUAGUGGAAUCAGAGGUUGCUGGUUCAAGGCAUCGAUCAUCAAAAAGCACAGAGAUAAGUUGAAAAUACGGUACCUAGAUCUGAAGGAUGCACUGGACGAUUCGAAAGGCCUGGAGGAGUGGAUCUUGGCAUCUCGUAUUGCCACACCUGAUACGUUGGGAAUCCGAUUACCAAGAAGGACCAUGAUCAGGCCGGCACCUAUAAAUGUAGUUUCUAGUUCAUUGAAAGUCGGCUGCAUUAUAGAUGCAUAUUGGAACGAUGGAUGGUGGGAGGGAAUCGUCGUGAGUGUGGAACUUGACAAUCGAAUGAAAGUAUAUCUCCCAGGGGAAAAACAAGAGCUUGUAUUCUGCUCUAACAAUUUGAGACAUUCGAAGGAAUGGUUUGACAACAAGUGGCAUGAUCUCAAGGAAAGGCUAGACGUUGUCUCGUCAAUUUAUGAUAAGAAGAUUACAUCUAAUCCCGGAGAAAAUUGUGGCCAAAUUGCUCAGAGAAAGCCUGAUGUCCCUAACCCUCAUCGUUUGGCUCACAGGGGGAUUCGGAUUGUUCGAAAAAUGACACAAAUUGACAUUAAGAAGCCUAUCAGAGAUCUCUUAAAGGACAGUUUAGUCACUCAGUUGCGAUGGAAAUCAUAUAGGAAAAGAUUGCAAAGAAAACAACGAACUAACCAUAGCCGUAGCCCUAUUCAAAAGUUGCAUAUCGGCACCAGAAUUGAUGAAAAAACACAGUUGCGGACCUUUGAGAAGUUCUUCGUCAGUUCAUCGUUGAAGUUUGACAAAGAGAAUUGCAAAUACACUAAUGAUCCUCACUAUAGUUCGCCGGCUCUGCCUCCUGUGACAAACUUAGUCAUGUCUAGGUGAAUGUUUGUGUAGCUCAACAAACAUCUGUAAAUUCUUGUCGUUGGCUAGUAACCUUGUGUACUAUUCGGAGUUGCUUUGUAUAAAAUAGGUCGCUAAUUCCAUGUGUGGUUUAUUUCAACAUUAAACCGCACAUAAGACUGCAGUUUUGAUAGAGACAAAUAACAUCUACUUUUUCGUCGA